AUGUCGCACAACACGAAUCCCACCUCGCACCCAUCGACGACCUCGAAUCCACAUCCACUCCCUCCCGCUCCUUCAAGUCGCCAAACCUCCCGAUCCUUCGCACAACCCUCCGCAUUACGGACCGCACUCAGUCGCAGCGCCGUGUACUCAUCACAAGGACCGACCGAAUCCGCGGAACGUCUCCUUCCACCUUCGACCAACGGCAGAGGGAGAUUUCGCGAUGAAUCCGCAAGCCCCAGUGCGAGUCGCAGCCCGAGUCGAAGUCCCAUGCGAAAUGCUGCAUUUCCCACGAUGAGCGACAGCAGGAGGAGUUCGUGGUCAAUAGAGAGUGGUGACAGUCGGUUACAGAGCCCGUUUGCGUCGCCAUUUGAUGAUUCUCGAGCGCCGUCAAGAGCAGGGAGUGAUGAGGAUGUCAACACGCAGACGGUGAGCGAGAAGUAUAACAUCCUGCCAUCUGCGGGUCUGUUGCUCUUCCCGGAAGAUGUCGAGAAGGACGAUUACAUGCAUAACCCUGAUCCGAAUGACAAGGAUGGCAGAUUGAGUUGUUCGGAAAUGUGGAGUAAGAGAGGUAUGGUGAACCUGGGAGGAUUGCUGUUCAUCACGAUUGGAAUAUUGGUGCUGUUCAUCGGAUAUCCGAUAUUAACGUUCGUCCAGAAAGCCAUCAAGGACGCACAUCCGGAGGGCUACAAUUGUGAAGCCGAUCCGAUGUGUCUCAAUGAAAAGUUUCCGUUGUUCAAGAAUAUUCGAACAGGUUUGGUCGACCCAGACACGCCGGACAGUGUCAAAUCACGGACAGGCGACAACGGCAAGAAGCAGACAUUGGUCUUCAGUGAUGAGUUCAAUGAUGCAGGAAGGACAUUUUACGACGGAGAUGACCCUUUCUUCCAGGCCAUGGACUUUUGGUACGGCGUAACGGUAAACCUCGAAUGGUACGAUCCUGAUGCAGUCGUCACUUCUGAUGGCGUCCUGAACCUCAAAUUCGACGCUUUUGCCAAUCACGACCUCAACUACCGCUCCGGAAUGCUACAAUCCUGGAACAAACUGUGCUUCAAGGGAGGAUAUCUCGAAGCCAGUAUCUCGCUUCCCGGCCGGGGCGACACGAUCGGUUUCUGGCCGGGUUUCUGGUCUAUGGGCAAUCUCGGUCGACCAGGCUACGCCGCCACCACGGACGGUAUGUGGCCUUACUCCUACCACGAUAAAUGCGACCCGGGCAUCACUCCCAAUCAAUCCGAUCCAGACGGCCUCUCUUACCUCCCGGGCAUGCGUCUCCCAGCAUGUACCUGCUCCAACGCCGACCAUCCUUCUCCAGGCAACUCACGUUCUGCUCCUGAGAUUGACGCCAUCGAAGCCUCAGUCGAAUACCUCACCCCACCUCUCCAGAACGCCAUCGGUUCCGCCUCGCAGUCUUUCCAAGUCGCUCCCUUCGACGUUUUCUGGCAACCCAAUGCGGAUUGGAUGGAAAUCUACGACCAUUCCAUCGCCAAAGCCAAUGCAUACCAAGGAGGUGUCUACCAAGAAGCCGUCUCCGCUCUCGUGGCUCUCAACAACGAUUGGUACAACGGCAAUGCUUAUCAGACAUACGCCUUCGAAUACGAACCUGGUGGAGAUGGGUAUAUCACCUGGUACGUAGGCGACGACAAAACGUGGAAAGUCACUGGCAACGCGCUUGGGCCGAACGGAAACAUCGGACAGAGAGUAAUUUCCCAGGAGCCGAUGUCCAUCAUCGCCAAUUUUGGAAUGAGUGACUCUUUCUCGGCGCUGAAUUUGACCGGUCUAAUGCCCCUUUUGCCGGCGACCAUGAGGAUCGACUACAUUCGCAUCUAUCAGGACGAAGAUGGAGAGUUGACGUGUGACCCGGCCGGAUACCCGACGACGCAGUAUAUCGCCGAACACCCGGUUCCGUACGCGAAUCAAAACAUGACGCAUUGGGAACAAGCGGGCUUCGACUUCCCACAGAAUUCGUUCAUGCAUAAUUGCAAGGCGGACACGAAGAUGAACAAGCGAGAGGAGGAAAGGAGAAUGCCGGUCGUCAAGAGGUCGAGACAGGCGCCCACGAGGCAUUGGUGGGAGUGA